AUGUCCAUGUUAGCUGUGGUUGUGGCAUGUUUUGUGUUGUACAGAAGAAAGAAAAUUUACGGCGGAUUUUAUCUGUUUUCAUAUCCCCCCUUACUUGACUACAUGGAGACAAUAGAUAGAAAUGGAAAUAUUCAAGAACAGCUUCGGAGACUGCCGUUUAUACCAGAAUGGGAAUUUCCAAGGGAAAGAAUUAGCUUUGGUAGGUAAUUUACAUUUUUGCAUAGCCAUCCACGUGGAAGCAAUAUGUAAUUCGGAAUAAAAUAUAUUCAAAAUCAUGCAAUCUUUCUGAUUAUGGAGUAGAAUAUCGCCUUGUACUUUCACAUAACCAAUCCGACCUCGACUUCACGAAUUGAGAUAACCUGUAGCAAGUACCAUAAGCAGCGUUUGCCAUUCCAUUGGCAUUGAUCAAUAAAACAAUAAGGAUUCGGUGACUUAAACACCGAAUUAUUUCAACUGAUGCACUAAUAAUUUAAUUUAGUUUUUCUUCGUGUAAGAACUGAAGAAAUUCCAAUGAAAACUUGAAUAAAGUCAGUGUGUUUUCUCUAUCACAAAGUGUUACCGCGGUUUUCCCCGAAUCUUUGUCUCAGCGAAUAGAUUGUAAUUUACCCCAAACAAAAUAAUUUUCAAAAUUGGUUUCAAAAUAAUUUAAAAUAUUUUCAGCCAGUAAACUUAGCUCUGGACAAUUUGGAAUUGUUUGGUUAGCAGAAGCAAUUGGUAUAUCUGCAUUUCAUCCAAGAGACAUGUUGAGAGAAAGAGAGGGCGGACGAAGGUUUUCCUUCUUCAAUCGCACAACGAAAAGAAACAGCUAUGUCUUUUGUAAAGAAGUAACCCAAGUUGCAGUUAAAGUGAUUAAAGGUUUGAUUUCAAAAAAUGAUAUAACGUGGAGUGCAUGUAAGUUGGCGCGUCCAUAUGAGUUCAUGCAGCUUCCGUAUAUUAAUGCAUGCCUUUGUCUGAAUAUAAUUUUUUUCGUCUCGUAUAUAUAAUGUUGAAUAAGAUGAGGUCAAAUCCUGCAGGUUUUUAUUGGGGGUAAUUUCGCUCUUUACUUCUUUACUAAUACCGAACCAGAAAGAAGAAAAAUUAAUGCCGACUUGUUAACUAUACCAUUGAUAAUAAUAUGUAUAACGUGUAUAAUGUAUGGGCCUAUAACGCAAACAUGCACUGUCUUGAUUUUUCAGUAUUUUAUUGCUUUGAAUAUUUGGUUUUUUGGCAAAAAUAUUUUAUUGCUUUCAGUAUUUUGAUUCUUGGCAAAAAUAUUUAUAUAAACUUUUAAACCCAAUAUUUAUUAAAAGGCAAGAAAAUUUAGACCAAAAACGAAGAAUAAAAGCAGCGAACAAGAGACGUCCGGAUCGGAUAAUAACACUAAGAAAUUAAUUCGCAGCUCCACAAAAAUAUGAUGAAAAAGCUACAAAAACUAAACAAUUUUCAUUAAGAGAGUUGCAUUAUAUGGUUCAAAUAGAAACUGGUCGACAAAAGCGUAACACGAAAAAUAUUAUUAUAAUAAUUUCAGUAAAUUAAAACAGAACCACUCAAAGGAAGCGUUGGACUCAAAGAGCAUGUAAAAUAAAUAUAUAUUACGAACGAAUUUAUUAUUCGAGCGAAUAUUAACAUGGCUACAUUUUUGGAUCUGGCCAGAAGUGUGGCGGCGAACCGAGCGCUAAAAUUAAUUAUGGGCAGUUCACAAGAAGAACAGACGGUGGCAGCAAUGACAUGCACAGUCCGUAUGAUGAAACCUAAGUAUUUACAUCUGAUUAUUCUUUAAAUCAUUUCUACGUGUUGCAGAAAAUUUUGAUCGAAACGACCAGGCUGACUUGAAGACCGAACUAAAGAUUUUAACUCAUGUUGGUGAAAAUGAAAAUAUUGUAAAUAUACUAGGUGCAUGUACAAAAGGUUAGUAACCCCACUUCUGUUUUUAAAUUUUUAUAUUAUUAUAUACCUAUACACAGGAACUAACUUUUGAUUUCUUCGACACUGCAUGAAUUUUGUUUUAAAAUUAAACUUUAAAGUGCAAAAAGUUGUUUUCUCCAAGCACGUUAAGAAUGCUUUUCCGAACAAAAUGGAAAUUUGAAGAGUUUAAUUAAUUCAUAGAGGUCAAGUUUAAAGUUAUUUUAAAGUGCGCUUUAUGAGCUACCAAAGAACAAAACAAUUUUAAUAUUUAAUUUGAUGUACAUCGAGUCCUUCCUAGACUGCCCCAGUCAUUGAAAUUCGGUGUUUUACAUUCUAUUCUUGAUUGUUUUGAUGUUUUCAUUAUUGGCCGUUUUAUAAUGGUUCAUGAAAAACAUUUUAAACUUCAUCUUCAUAAAUUCAAAUCAUCACAAAUUAUUUGAUUUUGUUUGCAACCUUUGUUUGCAACCUUCCCAAAACAGUUAUUUUCUAAUCGAAGGUUUAUGAAAUUUAAGAACAUAUAUUGUUGAAAAUUGUCUACAAUCCCCAUAGUGAUUACGAAACUAAUUUUCCAUAGGCAACAGUUCAAACAUUUGGAUAAUAAUAGAAUAUUGUCCACAUGGAAAUCUUCGAGAAUUCUUACGAAACAAUCGGAGUCGGUACAACGCGGAGAAAGAAUCUUUCAAUCAAGAUCUUUCCCAAGUGUUUGGUCCAAGAAAUUUGAUAUAUUUUGCUUGGCAAAUUACAAAAGGGAUGGAAUUUUUGACCUCAAGAAAGGUAAAGUUUCCCAUUUUAGAUCAGACUGUCCAGAUCCUGUCAGUACACUCUAUAUGUAUCAGCUUUUGCCAAUGUCUCUACCGUAAGCGUAGAUUGAGAAAGGAGCCCGAGAGAGUUCAGGGCCGUUUGGACAGCUUGUUAAGAUAGGAUACAAUGCUCCUUUAUUAGUGAUCCCUUUGACAUACACUGUUAUUACUGUGAGCACAACAUUUUGAUGUAAGGAGAAUUAUGUCAAUUAACACGGUACAUGUGCGAUAUACGUAUCGAUCACUAGACACAAACAGUUCUAGGCAAAUCAAUAUUUAUUGUAGACUUUCCAAAGUCCUUUCCUGACUCUUCUAUAGCUCGCUUCACUUCCGCUUCUGGAUAAAAUAUUUGACAAUCCACAUGAUUCUAAAACCUCAUCUUUUUUGGUGUGUGAGAUUAAUCAAUAGAACUCAUCGUUAUAGACUUCAAUGAUCUCAUCUAUUUUGACUAAUAAGCUUGGCGUUCGAUUUUCGCGAUUGCCAUUUUUUUAAAUUGUUUUACCAGCUUGUGAUAUCGUAAAUUUAUUUCAUUUGCAUGUAUGGCGAAUUAAUUAAUAUAUCUAGUUAUUUCAACAAAGACAAACUUGAAUUGCAUUUACCAUUACUCUUUAAUAACUAAAAGAUGUUUGUCAUAUUGUCGUUCCAGCUAGUCUCACCUACAAUUGCUGACAAUGUUGUAAGUAAAUAGAUAUUUUUCUGCAAUUUUUUUGUUUAUAUUUUCCUGUUAUUCGGGCAGAUAAUUUAUCGAGAUCUGGCUGCACGAAAUAUCUUACUCGGACGUGGAUAUGUAGCAAAAAUUUCAGACUUUGGAUUGGCCAGAGAUGUUCAUAAAAAUCAACAAUACUUAAGAACAUCAACAGUAAGUUUGCCACCGUCAAUUUUUGCUUAUUUUGGACUUUUCUCAAAUAUUCAAUUUUUUAUAUUUUUGUGUGUGUUGUGAUGUUAUGUACUCAGGUGAAUAUAAUGUUUUUAACGUUACUCUGAGUGUAUAUCCACAUCGGGCAAGCUGAAAAGUUAGCCUGCUAGUUUUUUGCUGGUAGUUUUUUUGCUGGUUGCGGGUAGUUUUUUGCGGGUAGUUUUUUGCGGAUAGUUUUUUGCGGGUUGCGGGUAGCUUUUGCGGUUUGCGAGUAGUUUUUUGCUGGUAGUUCUUUUGCUGGUUGCGGGUAGCUUUUGCGGGUUGCGGAUAGUUUUUUUGCUGGUAGCUUUUUUGCUGGUUGCGGGUAGUUUUUCUGCGGGUAAUUUUUUUGCGGGUAGUUUAUUCUCAACUAUAUUUGCUAAUUCAUUGAUAAGUUUCCUUCAUAAAAAUAGAUUUAUUUAUACAACCUUUCAUUCAUAUUACACUUAUCUUCCCUCCACAAUACAAAAUGCAAAAUAUACGUACAUUUUCAGUUAUGAAGCCCCGGUUACACGAUACUGGAUUUAUAACCUGCGGCGAACAACGAGAACGAACGAAUAUAUGCAACUAUGUAAAUUGAUUUCAUUGAAAUCGCGAAAGCUGAUUGGUUUACAUAUUUAAAUAUUUACGAAUAAACCAAAGUCUGAACGAACGAGUGAAAGAAUUACGCAGUUAGUAUGAGCCGAACUAUGCCUAUGGGAGAUACGUUACAACCAAUGCGUUCAACUACUGACAAAACGGGCAUGUCUUGUUACGCUUAUAAAGCCUUUAUCAAGUUCAAACUCAAAUUUCUUGCGCGUUUUCUGUCACCGUGUACCAGGCUAACGUAUAUGACAUUCGUAGUACUGCAUAUCGUCAUUAAAUGUCGUUGGUUGUCUGUGACUCUGGUUAUGCAUAAACAGCUACGAAUUAAACAUGCUUAAACGCUAGUUUGAACUCAGGAAAAUUAUUCUUAGAUUGGAACGGACAAGAAAAUUUUUUUUUGUCUUGUGAGCUCUGGGUUGGAACUAAUGACUUAAACACAAAGAAAAAUUUUCUUGUCCGUUCCAAUCGACGGAUAAUUUUCCUGAGUGGAAACUAGCCUUAACAAUGUUUCCCAUUCGUAUAAAUUCAAAUGAUUCCUAUGUGCCUGCCAAAUAUUCAUACAUUCAGCUGCCUUGGUCAUUUUAAUGUGCUAAACAACUCUUGAACAUGUCAUUACUUAUCGUAAUUUAUCUUACGUAUCGUAACAAACAGGAAAAUAUUAAAAUUUGUUUUUGCCAUUGCGUUUAUUGUUUGAAACUCCCUUUGGAGGACUGAGAACACAUAACUUACGCUGGCUGAAACAAAACACAAGAUGUGGACUGUCUACAGAAUGUAUAAAAAAGUGUAACAUUUCAAAUUCAUAUUAAACCUUUUAAAUUAACCUUGUAAAUAUUCAUCGCCUCGGUAGUAAGCUGGCCCAUUUUAUUUCUUGUGCAGACUUAUAUCUUAAUUUAAACAUUUUUCCCAUGUGCAGAAGACCUUGUGUUUUCGCAUUCAUUAUGCGAAAGACGGCUGUCAAAUUACAAUAAAAUACGGUUAAUUUGAAUUUGAAAGGGCGUACAUUUUUUUAUACACCCUGUGGACUGUAUACAGGGUAUAUAAACAAACGCCGGAACCUGGGAAUUUCUCAAGAAAUCCAUUUUGACUUUGCAGUUCUUAAGCAUCAACAAUUUUAGGCAAAUCAUAUAAUAGAACAUAUUACUGUUGUUGUACUGUACUUGUACAAUAAAAACUUAUUAACUGUCAUCAAAUAAAUGCAUAAAUUUUUUGCUUUAUGUGCUCGCGUGUGCAGUAAUUCCCAGGCACCUAAAAUCUUUUGUCCUUAAAACAAUGUCGAUUUCUUGGGAAAUUCCGAGGUUGCGUUUUUUUAUUCACCUUGUGUAAUUUGUUUUCAGUGCAUAGCUUGUCCAUAGUAAUUCUUUCAAGCCAUAGUUCGUUUUGCCUCAACAAACAGAAAUAUUUUUGAACAACGCCCACUCAACCAUUGCCUGUAAAUGUACAGGCUGGGGACAUCAGCUAUGUGUUGCAGGCUGUUAGCGUAUGUUUGUAAUUAGCAACGUUAAGUUGUUGAAUUGAAACUGUUAAAUUUGUCAUUGUAACAUGUUCAAGAGAUCACGUUUCGUGUAGCUAUGGCCUUAAACAAAAGAGCAUGUGCUUUUAUCCGAUUUCAACGUCUGCACUUUACACUAUGGCGCACACAAUAUCAAUAUACAGAUAUCAAAAUGUACAAUCGUUCAAUAUCGCAAUAUAUCUCAAUAAUUAACCAAUACAUUAUCCCCAUAACUAACAGUCUGUGCAAUUAAUGAAGGAUGCUUCUAAUCUGUCCAUUUGGAAGCUGUAGUCCAUAAGUGAAUUCCAAGCUUGUCUCUGAUAAAUUGUCUGUGCACGUGGGUCAAUCGAGCGUGUAUGGCGUUUGGCACAAGACAAUGAAGCUGCGGAACAAAUUGUGGUUGUCUAUUUUCAACGCACGCGAGUGAACUAUGGGCGUCCAAAAGGGACAAAAUUAUGAACACACACCCAAUUUUAUCCAAUGCUUGUAAACACUAUGAAAGCUCACACAUGUAAUACGAAACGCUCACAAAAGACAUUCGAACCACGCGCAUAUAAGCCGAACCUCUCACACACAAGUCGAAAUGUCACACACAAAUAAGUCGAACUUUCUUCGUGGGCGGUUCGCCAAAUUAGCAUGUUAAUUUAUUUAGGACGAAAAAAUUUGCAUAUAUUCCGCACUUUGUUUACGGCGGGAGAAUAAAUGUUGCGAGUUCCCACGUUUUAAUUACAGAGCACUCUUUUGGCUCCCGUGUUUGUCUUGAAUAAGGACUCUCUACAUCGCAUACAACAGUAUGGAAGAGGAUAAUUUGCAUGUGACGGAAGAUGGAAUUCAGUCGUUGGUCCGUGAUAGUUGGCGAACUAUUUGUCCCAGACAAUAGGCCCUGGCAAAAUCAGCAAUUUGGUGCCCUGAAGCUUGCCGAGAACUAGAGCUGAUAACGGGAAACGUUGACGCCGAGAAACAGUGUAAAUGGUCCUGUUGUUACUUCCUCGACUUCGUGUAGUCUUUGCAUGUCGACUUUAUAUUCACGCCUUGGGGGAAGCAGGCAAAAGCAUCUUUCAGGAAAUAUUCGUUCUUUUCAGAAGAGGUUUUAGCAGUAUUGGAGUGAUUAACAAUAUUUGCACGGCGUCGAGUAUUAAUACAAGACCGACCACGUUGUCUCUUUGCAAGCCAAAGUUUAAAUUGCUCUUCUGUGCUAUUUCGUUCUACACAAAGUCAAUGAAGUAAUAACAGGACCAUUUACACUGUUUCAUGGCGUCAACGGCGAUGGCGAGUUGGCAUGAAUGGCACUGUUGUUAUCAGCUCUUGUUCUCGGCAAACAAAAUCGAUUGUUUAUUUCAUGAUCAUCUUCAGUGGCACCAAAUUGCUGAUCUUGCCUGGGCCUAUUGUCUGGGACAAAUAGUUCGCCAACUUAUCCUCUUCCUGCAUGGAAGACUCUUCCAUGCUGUUGUAUGCGAUGUAGAGUAUCCUUAUUCAAGCCAAACACGUGAGCCAAAAGAGUGCUUUGUAAUUCUCCCGCCGUAAACAAAGUGCAGAAAUGUAUGCAAACUUUUUCGCCCUAAAUGAAUUAACAUACUAAUUUGCCGAACCCCCCACGAAGAAAGUUCGACUUUUUUGUGUGUAACAUUUCGACUUGUGUGUGAGAGGUUCGUAUUGUGUAUGUGACAUCUCGACGUGUUGUGAGAGGUUCGGCUUAUUUGCACGUGGUUUGAACGUCUUUUGUGAGCGUUUCAUAUUACAUGUGUGAUCGAGCUUUCAUAGUGUUGACAAGCAUUGGAAUUAAUUGUGUGUGUGUUCAUAAUUUUGUCCCUUUUGGACGCCCAUAGUGAACAAUAAAAAUACACAUUCCCUGGCUUCCUAACCCACUAACCGCCAUGCAACCACUCCCGCGUCAUGUGUGAGACGAUGACAAGUUCACCAGAAGGAUAUGGAUCAUUGAUUACACCAGAGGGGAUUUCUCCAGCCAGAACAGCGCGAGGUUAAUGGUGGACAGUAGUGCAGGAAGUAUAGAGUGAAUGUAUUCGGCGCAGGCGGCAGAUAAAGAAGUCUUGGAUGCUGCGUGCAUGGUACUGGUUAUGUACGAAAUUUGUCAUUUCCUGAGAAUGUUUUGAUCUGUCGUGGUAAUGGUUGUGUACGAAUUGUUCGGGGUUGUGGUUGUCGUGGUUCGAUGUGUGGUGCGUUUGGUGGAGGGACUUGUGUCGAUGGACUGGUGAAGUUGAUUGAACCUGUUGGGUAUUUUCAGUAGGUACUCUCUGUACCGUCACAGACUGUUUGGUAACUUUGCGAUUGUUGCGCUUUCCAGGUGCCUCCUCGCCUGUUCUUCCUUUUCUUUUUGGCAUACCAAACCAAAUAGCCUCACUAUAAUUGACAACGCCUGUUUUGUGCUUGGAUGUAACAAGCCAGCGAAGAAAGUCCAUAAGUCAGGACUUCUUUACACAUGCAGCAAUCACAUGCAUAUGCGCAUAUAAAGGAUGCUUUGGACGCGUGGCAAUUAUCACAUGAAUAUUUACUAUGUGGGGCCUCUUUGGAUCGGAUUUUGAUGGCACAAUUAACGUAUCAAUUGUACCAACACUCGGUAAAGCAACAGUUGCUCCAUCAUUACCCAACUUAGCAGCCUUGUCUGCUGUCAAAGCCAAGGAGUCUCGGGGUAUCCAGUCAACCCUGUAUCUAAGUAUUAUGCAUGACCAGAGUCAUAGACGACCAACGGCAUUUAAUGACGAUAUAUAUGUAGUACAACGAAUGUAAUAGAGGUUUAGCUUAGUACGCGUUGACAGAAAACGCGCAAAAAACUUGAGUUUGAACUUGAUAAAGGCUUUAUAAGCGUAAUAAGACUUGCCCGUUUUGUCAGUAAUUGUAACGUAUUGGUUGUAACGUAACUCCCAUAGGCAUAUUUCGGCUCAUAUUAACUGCGUAAUUCGUUCACUCGUUCGUUCAGACUUUGGUCUAUUCGUACAUUUUUAAAUAUGUAAACCAAUCUGCUUUCGCGAUUUCAAUGAAAUUAAUUUACAUAGUUGCAUAUAUUCGUUCGUUCUCGUUGUUCGGCGCAGGUUAUAAACUAACAAGCAAAUCCAGUAUCGUGUAACUGGGGCUUCAUAAUUAUAAUGUAUAUUUUGGAUUUUGGAUUGUGCAGGAAAAAUAAGUGUAAUAUGAAUGAAAGGUUGUAUAAAUAAAUCUAUUUUUAUGAGGGAAACUUAUCAAUGAAUUAGCAAAUAUAGUUGUGAAAACUAUAUUCUAUAUAAAAAAACUACCCGCAAAAAAACCUUAAAAAAACGCAAAAAAACUACCCGCAACCCGCAAAAACUACACGCAACCCGCAAAAAACGACCCGCAACCCGCAUAUUCCACCAAACCGUUCGAGGGUGUGGUAUUUUGGAACCAAGGCUAGUACCUUGGAUACCAAUGACCAGGGUGGUCAGGCUAACUUUCCAGCUUGCCCGGUGUGGAUAUACACUCAGAAUAACAUCAAAAACAUUAUAUUCGCCUGAGUACAUAAUAUCAAAACACACACAAAAAUAUCACGAUCAUAGUUCCGAAAUACUACACACUCGAACAGACUUGGGCUCGUAGUUUAGUUGGCAGUGCAUUGGACUAGUAUCCCAAAGGUCGCGGGUUUGAUUCCCACCGUGGUCAGGCUAACUUUUCAGCUAGCUUGCCCGGCGUGGACAAGUGGUUAGCGCACUUGACUUUCACCUCUGAGGCCGCAGGUUCAAGCCUCAGUGAGAACUUUCUCAAUGUGACUCGAACCCAAUCCUCAUGUGAAAAGAGUAAAAAGUCAACUCUCUGCCGAAAGUCGUGGGUUUUCUUCCGGUACUCUGGUUUCCUCCCAUUAAAGUGCCAUUUGUAAGCUCACAGUCUACCUCAGUCUGCUCUAAUGUAACCAGUCACUGAAAAACCCUAAUAAGGGAGUGUGCUGAGUAAUAUAUGUAUAUGUAUAUACACUCAGAGUAAGCAAUCUCGAAACCAGAGCCCGCAAUCCUCUGUGGAGACUUGCUGAGGCUCUGGGAAACAACAGCGAAAGUCGGCCUCUGAUUGGUUGUUUUUCAAAGGCACCAUAUAAUACGCCCUUAUCUUAGUCGUGCGAAGACGAGUGGAACCAAAAACAUUCGUCACCGUUUCUUUCCUCCAGGGCUCAGCUUUUCUCCUUUCCUAAACCUAUCCACAGCCGUUAUAAAAGAUUUCUACGGAGAUCUUUUUGAAUUGUUCAUGAUUCUAAGACUUUUUGCGGGCACUACACGUUUUUGAAAAGUAUGUUACCUUGGCUGGAAGGUCUCGUUUUCCAUGACUCAUAUUUUGGUCUGUACACGAAAAAGAGUCUCGUUCGGCAAAGUGACGUACUUUUCAUAAAAAUGUAUUCGUUAAAUGUGAGCAUUUUAAUUUCCAGGGAUUGGUUCCUUUCAUGCUCAAAUGGAUGGCUGUUGAGUCUAUUAGGGAUUCAUUAUUUACUGAGAAGUCAGACGUGUAAGUGAAAUUGUUACCAAUUCAGAUCGAGAAAAAUUGUUGCCAAUUAGGAUCGAGAAAUAUUCACCAGAAAGAUGUGCAGACAAGUGUCCCGUUCAAAGGACAAUUCUCUGGCGUUGCACAACUAGUUUACUUGAAAAACGAAAUUUCAAGUGUCGCGUUUUGGCGUUUGAAAAAUUGGCAAGAAAAGGGCUUAGUAGGAAUUUAAGGCUUCAAUCCCCGUUCCAAGGCAAUUGUAGUAUAUUCUGAAUAAAUAUUUAAUUGAAAACGUUUGUUUGUUCUCAAGUUCAUCUCUAAUUAUAUAUAAAUUUAAAUUUAGGUGGUCAUUUGGUGUUUUACUUUGGGAAAUAUUCUCAUUGGGUGAGUAUUUUUAGCCAUUCUUUUAUUUUAAUAUAAAAGGGAGCGAUAAAAGAUUUACACGACGUUUCGAUGUCAUCACAACAUCAUUUUUGAAGUAAAUAAAAGCUAAGUAAAAAUAUUUCUCUUAUACAUAGUAAGCUAGGCUAGACAUUACGUACUGUCUAGCCUAGGGCACAUAUAAACGACAUGUUUUUACUUAGCUUCAAUAAUUCACUUAAUGAUUCAAUUAAAUUAAUCACAAAAUUAAUGAUGUUAUGAUGACAUCGAAAAGUCGUGCAGAUCUUUUAUCGCUCAUUUUUAUAUUAAAAUGUUUGAAAAGAAGUGUUUAUAUCCGUUCUGUUUCGCGAAAUCGUUAAUGCCAACUAUACACGAAUUUAUAGACGUACGAGAUGGGGGAAAAGGGUUAAGGGGAGGGCAGUUGCCCCCUCCCACGUCCCCAGGAAAAAUUCAAGUUGGACAAAGAGUAUGAACAUAAGUUGGGCAAAAAGAUGGAGGAAAAAAAUUGGAAGCAAGGAAUAUGAAAGCAAGAAAUACCUCAUGUGGAAAAGAAAGAACAUUUUUGAUUGGUCAGACAAAAUGCAACAAAGUCGGCAAAUUUCUUCUCCCCCUAAUUUUUCCCUGUCGUACACCUAUGCGCAAAUGCAUCUGACAUUGUUUAGAACGAGCCAGUUUGGGUAUCAAUUUCAUUCAGCAAUUCAAGGCUAGGUACAAUUUGUACAUAGUCAAACUUGUAUAAUUUGUAAAAUAUAUUGCUUUCAGGUGGGACUCCUUACCCAGGAAUGAAUGUUAAUGAAGUACAUCAAUACUUGUUGCAAGGAAAGCGAAUGGACCCACCUAUUCAUUGUCCUCAGGAUAUGUAAGUAGCAGAUGAGACUAAGAUCAGAACGAAAUUAAAUUAUAUACCGAUUCGCAAAAUAGUUGUUAAUAUUUUUUUCUAGAGAUAUUAAUUCAAACAAGGUAAUCACUGCUGCCUUAUAGAAUACUUCAAAACUAACACUUUUUGUGUUUUCAUCGAGAAAUUAAAUGCUAGAAAUUCGGACGUUUCUGCAUAGUUUUUGAACAUUUCAAAGAGCAUGGAUUAUUUUAAGCUCUUAAACUUUGCCUUAAAACAGUCUCUGCUGAAAUUGAAAAGUUGUUUAUUAGACUGAUCAAUAAUUUGUAAACUAUACAAUAGUCCAAAAUUUUGGUAGCUAGUUUUCGAAUUGGUCAAUAAAUUAGCUACUCAUUAAGUGGCAAACGAUUCUUUUCAAUAUUGGAGCAAUUACAUGCAGGUGUCCAAAAAUAAAUUAUAACAACUUCAACAUCACCUAUAGCUAGUACUGCGAUUUCCAGUUGAGCAUGGAAUCGCGAAAGUUUGUUCGUUAAGUUUUGUCGUUUGAAAACAAUGUUUGUGACGUUAUUCUAUAAUGUUGCUAGGCGAGCUGACAAUGUUGUUAAGUAAAAUACUGCCAAGUUCACGACUAUAAAUAGAAACUUUAUGUCGUUUGUAAUGAUUGACAGUUUUUAACGGUUUUUACUUGACAACAUUGUGUGCUCGCCUGGUAACAUUAUGGAAUGACGUCACAAACAUUGUUUUCAAACGACAAAAGUUAACGAACAAACUCUACGAACAAACUUUCGUAAUUCCAUACUCAAGUGGAAAUCGCGGUAACAUCGCAACUCAACAUCGAGUUUCAGUGCCUUCACUUACAGACGAUCUCUAUUUAUUUUUUGGUUGCUUUUGCAUAAACUUGUUUUAAUCAUACGAACAUUUCACAGCCUUACCGUACAUUGCAUGCAGUUUUUAUUCGUCGCUGGUUCAUACACAUGGUAGCUCAUUUUAUCGUUAUGAGUAACAAAUGGUGUAAAAUAAAAUAAAUGAACUUUCUAACUUCAUGGUUGACACGCAUGCGCAUUGCACCCAUUUUAUUAUUGACCGGUCAAUAAAUGUUUCAUUGGGGACCGGUUGCCUCCUUGGCAAAGCACGCAGUGAACAGGAUGUUUUGUGGACCGGCACGUGAUACGGUUUUGACCAAUCGGCAAACAGAAAAAUUGAAAUUUGACACUAACUAUAUAUUAACAAUAUUAUUUAUUGCCCGACUAUUCUUGAUUUCUCCGGGCAAAUGCCCGAAUUUCCAUGGUUUUCCAAAGUUACCUUCACCCCUCCUGCCUUUUCUCGCACGCUUAUGAAAGUAGUACAGAUAUGGUUCUGGCAUUAGAGAGGUUUUCCAAAAUAUUUAUGGCCGGGUUUUACGUGUAAAAAGCUUGAUGAAAGAACAAUUGCACAAACGAAAGAAAGUUACAACCUAGUCGUGAAAACCUAGGCCUACCAUAAUUAAAUUAUAAUAGUUACUUUUAAUUCAAAGUCGGCUUUUUAAUAAUAAAGAGAAACUAUUUUUUGAUAAAAACUUUUCCAUGUUUGCAAAACAACUAAAAAUUACAAUAAGUAAAAUAAUUUUGAAAAUUUUAACAAUCCAUGCUUUGAAAUUAAAUGGUAAUUUUUUAAUAUGCUGUCUAAAACGAAAUAAAAUUUACAUAUCACAUUAAAUUUACCUUAUUGCACUUGAUCCGAAUAAAGAUCUCGGCGCCAAUACUUCUACUCAAACAGUCAAACUGUAGUUCAUGCCAUUCGUAAGUUCGUAACUGCUCACUGAAUGGAACUCUCCGAUAUUUAGCGUUGAUUUUCCUCCCAAGAUCAGCGCAACAGUCUUGUAAGAUAGCUAAAUCAUUCACCGCAAAUGCGGAUUGAACCGUUUCGUGAAUACUACAAGGACUGUUGUCUGGAGCAGCAGACAUUUCCGAAUUUUCCGUAGAUAUCUUUAAAUUGAAUCUUUCGACAAAGCUACAACAUGACACUUCGAAUGAGCGCGCGCUCGGAAAUACUUUACCACGCGUGAAAUAUUAAUGAUAUUCCGACUAAUGGAGCGCCCCUGACUUUUGUAAAUCGGUCAGAACUCCCCACAGAUCAGUCAAAAUCGCAAAAAAUCGCUUGUUUCCAUGGCAAUAAGCGUCUAGACCAAUCAGAACACUGGAUUUUGACUUUUUGACUGACCGACUUUGCGUAUGUCAGCUGCUCAUUGACUUGACUAAGCUCGUCGGCUCAACCAGUAUGAAAUUUGAUCACUGGACUACAGUUCGAUUGGAAUGUUAAUUGCUAGCGCUGCAUGAUAAUAGAUACUGGACUAUUAUAAGGCGUCGCUGCAUGAUAAAAUUAAUAACUGGACUAUUGGUCGAAUAUUUAAGACUUUCAUUAAGUUUGCAAUUUUUACGUUAGUCGCGUGACUGGUUUGACGACCCCUAGAUCCGCCCCUGGAAUCAAUCAAUUCCUUUAUCGAGAAAGACGACUUUUCAUUGCAGUACAUAAAAAUCGACGACGCAAUUGCGGCUUUAAUCCGAUUAGGCAGAGGCACUUAUCUAGCUAAAACUGACAUAAAAUCUGCUUUUCGUCAAUUCCCUGUUCAUCCUGACGACUGGGAGUUAUUAGGCAUAUAUUGGAACAAGUCCUAUUAUUUUGACAAAGUGUUGCCAUUUGGUCUGCGUAGUGCGCCUUAUAUUUUCAAUCAACUUUCGGAUGCACUUGAAUGGAUUUUACUCAACAAGUGUUUUAUAAGCUAUGUUGGGCACAUUCUAGACGAUUUUCUCAUCAUGGAACCACCGGCCCAAACUGGGCUACCUUCUCAAGCAUGCCAAACUAGCCUUUCUAGCAUGUUGUUAACAUUCCGCACGUUAGGUGUUCCUAUUGCCAAGCAUAAAACUGAAGGACCCAGUCUCAUUAUAGAAUUUCUAGGCAUUAUCAUUGACUCACAAAAGAUGGAGGCUCGCCUUCCAUCCGAUAAAUUGAACCGUCUAUUUGUUGAUUUAAAUUCGUGGCACACAAAAAAGUCAGCUACACUCCAAGAGCUCCAAUCACUAAUUGGCACAUUAAAUUUUGCAUGCAAAGUAAUUGCCCCGGGUCGAGCUUUUCUGCAACGUAUCAUAAAACUAACACGGGGUGUCUCCAAACCACAUCAUCACAUUCGCUUGACGAAUGGUUUUCGCGAAGACGUAAAAAUGUGGCAACUUUUUCUUAAAGACUGGAAUGGGACAAGUCUAUUUCUCAACUAUUUCUGGGAAAAUUCUACAAACCUUUCUCUCUAUACGGAUGCCUAGGGGACCCUUGGUUUUGGGGGAAUUUUUCGCAACCAGUGGUUUCAGGGUAAAUGGUUGCCUCACCAAACACUUACCACAAAAAAUAUCAGCAUUGAUUGGCAAGAGCUCGAUGCUAUUGUGGUAGCCUCCUACAUAUGGGCACCUUUAUGGGCUCAAAAACGAAUUGUGUUUUACUGCGAUAACCAGGCAGUGGUUUCCAUAAUCAAUUCCAAACGUUCAAAAAGCCCUCGUAUUAUGGAUUUAGUGCGUCCUUUAACCUUACAAACACUGAAAUAUAACUUUUAUUUCAAAGCCUUACAUGUGCCUGGUCAUUAUAAUGACAUUGCUGAUUCUAUCUCCCGUUUUCAGCAAACCAGAUUUCGGCGGCUAGCACCGCAUGCAGACCAUGCAUCAACCUCAACCUCUACCAGAGGAACUUUCUCGUCUCUAGACGCUGACUUACGUCUUUAUCAACUUGCUUCGUUAGCUAAAGGUACGAUUACUUAUUAAUUUUUGUUAAAAACUCACGACACAAAAAAUAACAGCAGGAGACAGAGAGUAACACUGUCUCCCAGCUCUUUGACAUAGGAAAUCAAAUGACAUUUUCAAGUAUUAUUAGAUUAUAUAAUUUGAAGAGCUAACUGUGGAGUUACUGAGUGGAAAAUUCAAUCAGGUAUGUUCCAAAACUGCAAAGUGCAUAAUGCAUUUUGGACUUGUUAUGUUUCAUGUUAUUACAUUAUAUAAAAAUGGUGGUAUUCACGCCGGGUUGAUAAUGAAAGAACAGUGUGCUUCCAGACGUUUCCUGAUUAGUGUAGAAGAGUCUCUUUCGACACAUAAAAAAGUAACUCGGCAAAGUGAUAAGUUUAGAGAUAAUUCAUAUAACUCAUUAUGAAAACACGGACUCUCUAUAUGUAUGAUAAAUUAGCCAUAAAAUGCAGUCGUACUGAGAGACAGAAAUUUCAUUACGCAUAUGUUGAAAUAACCCGCUGAGUCAAAUAAUUCCUCCUGUCUCGUACGCUCAUUUCUACGAGUCCAAAAUUAUUUUAGAAUUUAGGGAAGCAUAUGCAUGAAUGUGAAUUCAUUUGAACCUUGUCGAUGCUGUUUGUGCUGGCUCUAUAAGUCCUAGGCCUUUAAAUCAAAGUUAUCUUUAUAUAUUAGUCAAGAAGACAAAAACAACGGUAUAAAGAUCACUUUAUUGGUCUACGUAUUGUUUUGUACCCUGCGCGGCCCACGCAGAAAAGUACACGUUUAAGUUGCUGUAGGUAUGCUAAUCAGUUUUAGCGGAAGACACAGAGUAAGGGAAAUAAAUUAUGGUAUACCAGUCAGCAUGGCGUCAAAUUCUAAACACAGGCAGAAAUAAGUUUGAAGGCAAAAUUAUUUCGUUUUACUAAUGACGAACGGUAAUGAAUGGUUUUAAAUAUAAUAUACUGUAUGUAGGAAUAACCUAAGACGCAAACCAAAUGAAACUGUGCACACAGAUUCCAACUGAUAAGCAUAUUAUAUUACAUAUACUUAAAAUAUAUUAUAUUAUAUAAUAUAUAUUAUAUUAUAUUAUAUUAUAUUAUAUUAUAUUAUAUUAUAUUAUAUUAUAUUAUAUUAUAUUAUAUUAUAUUAUAUUAUAUUAUAUUAUAUUAUAUAUUACAUUAUAUAUACUUAAAAGUAUAUAUAUAUAUAAGGGUUGAGUUAGAUCAUGGGCUUUGCCUGAAAAUAAUUAUUAGCAGGAGGCUGUUAAAGUUUUUUCUAGCAAAACAAAUAAACAACUUGUCUCUUACGAUUCUAGAGAGAUUGUGUAUGGUAGUUUUGAUAAAUAAUAAGUUGGUCAACAUGUCUUCGCCAGAAAAUGACGAGAAAGCUGUCAGACGGACUAGUGUCUCCAACUUGGCCAAUUCUUUCGAAGAGGCGUUAACAGGAAGCAAUGAAAAUAAACCAAUUAAACGUCGUUUUAUAGAAAAAGACAGAAAAAGUUCAAUAGUAACCACAACAGACACUGAAAUCAUUUUAGAGGUAAAGCUUUUAAUUUGUUUGCUAAUUUGGAUCUUUUUAAUCAACUACAAUAUAUAUAUGCCCAUCAUGCAUGGAUCUUACCAGCUAGAAUACAAACCAUUAAUUGACAAAAUAGGUUUUAUUGUGAAAACAUUUCUAUCAUGUCGUGAUGUCGAGACAUCUUAUUUAUACGAGCAUUGAAGCUUGCAGUCAAGAAUGUUCUUGCAGGUCAAACUCAUUCUUUGACCUGAAGAAAGGGUGUGUAUAUGUGCGUGUGUAUAAAUUAAUCUGAAAACGGGAACUGGCCCAAGAAAACUAUUUUUAUGGUAACCACAUUUAAUCACUCGUAAACCCUUGUAAAAUACGUGAUCGCGCUAAAACAUCAGUUCCUUAAACUACAGUUUAUUAAAUAAGAAAAACGAGCGAGAACGUGUUGUAAAAGAGCUGAAUCUUAACGGUCAUCCUUUACGCUUCAGCCCGCAUUCAGCCCGCAAAUCGCAGGCUUCAACAUUGAACUAUAUAUUUCAUAUGUAAUGCUAACACGUACAUAACUUCAAUAAGAUCCGGGACGGGUUCCUGUGGUAUUCACGCCAUUGUUCAUUUCCAGUCAUUCCAAUGUAAAUUAAUCCAGCUCUAUAAUUCGUAUAUAAGAUAUCUAUGCCUUCAAUCAGCAAUGAAAUGAGAUCGUCAACUAAACAACCAAACAGACUCGAAGCUCCAAGUUGAGAAAGCUCCAUUAAAGUUGAAGACAUAAGAGCAACACCUGAAAAAAUGUGUGCGACAUCUGAAAAUGUCUUGCUCAAUCUUGCCUACUACUAUAUAAAGUUGGCCUAAAAAAUUACCUGUCCAGUUUCAUAUUUUAGGCCUUUUUAGUUGCAGGAGGAAGUAAUUUGUGCGACAUUUGAGAAGCAAGUUGGCAGAACCCAAGAUUUUAAAUUCUAUUAUGGAAGAAACAGUCGUGGUGUAAGUUCAAUGUUCAACGCAUCAGCAAAUCAAGCACGCACAUUUUCACAACAUGGAUAAGGCAUGAAUUAACGAGUGGGUUUCUCAAAGAUCAUCAAGAGUCCAAAGGACGAGUGUGUUUUGAAGUCUUUGAAAAACUCACACGUGCUUGUUUUACCCAAAUUGUAUCAGAAACCGUCCUAUUACUUAUUAAUAAUACACAAAGAAAUGUUCAAGACAAUUUACGAGCUUGGUCAAUGUAAUUAGCAAGGCCUAGGAUUACAAUACUUGCGGGGAUCCUUUAUAGCUCUCCAGUGCAGGUAUCGCAGUUCAAAUUGUUAAUUAAAAGCACAAGGAUUGCACAGUACUGUAUCUGCAAAGUCACACACGUGCCUAAACAAUGUAUAUUUCGAAAUGCCUUUUCUCUUCACAGAUUACAGGUUUGUUCAUUCGAAAUGUUCAGCCACAGAGUCCUCUUGCUGGUAUAAUAGAAUCACAAGAUCAACUAAUAAAGGUAUGUUGUAGUUGCUGAGUAAACCGCUACAUUGUUCGGAGGUGUUUUCAGGGCCGCAUUAACGUUUUGCGGGGCCCAUGCAAGGAAUAUUAUCAGCGCGGGGUCGCUUACGUACUGAUUAGAAAUCUUCUAAAACAACCUACUUCUCACGUUAGCAAUGAGCAACUACAAAAUCAGGCUGAAAGGCAGUAUAGACCAAACAAAGCAAAGUGGGAUAAAUAGUAUUAUCAUAGACGAGGGAAGUCCAACAAAAGUAUUAGUCACAGGGCUCAGCCAAGAAUGAUAAAUAGUCUCGUUCCUGAAAUAUGGCAAAAUUUUCACACUGUUACUUUGAGGAAGCGUCCUCCAAAUUGGGAAAAUUAUUUGAAAUUGGUUCGCCAGAUUAGAUAACAAUCUCAUGAGGAAACCUGCCAUUUCUCCCCAGGUAAUAGUAAAGUACAAUCUAACAUACCUGCUCGACCUUUAUUGGUAA